AUGGCUGCGGUCACUGCAGUCGGUGCACAUCAGCCGAACAGGCACAAAACGAAAUCUGGGUUUUGUGGUGCACGCUUGCUGCUGCUGUCGGUUGAAACGCGUACAAACGCGGGCCACUUUCAGCUGACGCGUCGAGCGGUGGUGGAGGUGUUGCUGGCUGCAGGCGUGGACGUGAACACGAGGACGUCGGCGGGGACGGCGAUGCACGAGGCGGCGCUGUGCGGCAAGAUGGAAGUGGUGCGAGCGUUGCUGGACCGGGGUGUCGACCUGGGCAUCCGGGACUCGCGGCAGAACACGGUGCUCGAUCUUCUGGGACAGUUCCCGCCACACGUCACUCAGGACAUCACCGCGGUGAUAAAAAGUGCGUAUCCGCCGCGACGCUCGUUUUUUCACUCGCAUCGUGACGCGACGUGUCCCGAGUAAACGAGCUGUGCAAUUAACGAGACACGCCACGAAAGAGAGAGAGAGAGAGAGAGAGAGAGAGAGAAGAGCCUCUUCUCUGUCGCUGUCGAUCGGUCGAUUAUAAGUAGACAGCGAUAACUCUGCGCCGAUGGCAGAGUCUCUGCUCUCGCGCAGAUUUUUCGAAUAUUCGCGCGAUCGAGCCUCACCGUUGGAAAGAUCCAACGCGAUGGCACGUGAAAUCUUGUUAACGACGAUCCAUUCCUGACGAAGGUCCAAACACUGCUCUGUUUGCGGUGAGAGGCUGAUCGCGGUUUCAUUUUGCACCGUUGGUCGACGGUAUUAUUUGUUAAUUCGCCGUGUGUUUGGUCAACGUGUCAGAGCGAUAUGAGAUGAUUCUUAAUUGCGCGUUGAUAGCGAAAACGAUAGGUAAACGACGGUUGCAUAAAAUGUAGGCGCGAAUGUAGGUUGAACGAAUUACGGCGAAUUGGACCAAAUGGACCGUGGAUUCGACACAUGUUUGUCCAUUUGAUGCAAAGACACGCGGCUAUUUCGCUACUUUUUUACGUUGCGUUGAGAUAAUGAACAGCGAGUCGAUGCUGUUUAACAUAUCUGAUCUAGUUAACGAGAUUGUUGAAUAGCUUGAUCUUUCUAGUGAACUCUCAAUCUCAGGCUAAACGUAAUAUUGACGUGAUAUUGCUUCUCUUACAUUUACGUUUUCAUCAUUGUGUCUGUUCUGCCUUUCCUUUCGCUGAGACAGGAAGAAAAUAUACGUGCCAAUAUUUUUCUAUAAAUGCUUUUAUCUAGUAGAAAAAUAA